ACCCUGACUCUCCCAGUUUGUACUUCUGAUUAACUUCGGAUCAGUGAACAGCUGAUUAUCAACAACAACAUGGCAGAAACAUUUUAUUUUAAAUUAUUUCUCUUUAUGUUUUUUCUUCUGCCUGUUUCUGGAUCCGAUCCAGAGGUUUCCUGUGUUUUCAGACAGAGCUGCAUGUUACCCUGUCGGAUCCAGCUUGGCUCUGAUCCGCUCAUCCACUGGUACCAAGAGUCAGCUGGAGAUGUUGUGGUUCACUCCUACUAUGAUGGCAGAGAUCAGCUGGGUUACCAGAACCAGAACUUUCAGAACCGGACAUCACUGUUCCAGGAUCAGAUCUCCAGAGGAAACGCCUCCCUGCUGCUGAAGGAGGUGAAGAUCCAGGAUGAGGGAAGAUAUAAAUGUUACACCAGCAUCAGAGCAGGAUAUAAACAAUUAUUUAUAAACCUGAAAACAGAAGCUCCAGUUUCUACAAUCAGAAUCCAUCAGGAUGGAAACAGGAUCACCUGCAGCUCAGAGGGGAUCUACCCUCAACCUGAACUCACCUGGUCCACUGAGCCUCCAUCCAACACGACUCUGAAUGAAAGUACCAGGAUCCAGAAAACUGAAGAUCAGCUUUAUGACAUCAGCAGCUCUCUGACGGUUCCAGACGGUUCUGAUCGAAUCUACAGCUGCACCAUCAGAACCAGGAGCAACAACAAAACAGCAACUUUAAACAAAACAGGACGUUCACAUAAAGAAGAAGAUUCACCCUGGUGGCUGAUUGGUGGUCCGGUUGCAGCAGUGGCUGGGCUGAUCAAAGGAGUGCUAGUCGGGUUUUUAUGUAAAAGAUGUAAAAGUAAAAAGAGUAAAAAUGGAUCAGAAUCAGGUGGAAAACCUGAAAACAAAGAGGAGACGGAGAUGGUCCAAUUAAACAGUAACAUAGAAGGAUCUGACAGUAAACAAGAAUGAAAGAAAACAGGAAAAUAAAGAAGAUUCUGUCAUUGAGGAACCCAGAGAGACGGACAGCUUGGAACCACAGAAGUGAUUCCAGAUGUGCUGCAGCUGUGAGGGGGAGGAGCCUAAUGGGAGAGAGAGGAGAAAAAUGACUGGAAACAGGAAAACCAGACAAACAGGAGACAGAAAAACUAGAAAACACAACAAAGAUCCAAAACAUGAAGAAUCAACUGAACACAAAAUGACACAGAACUGAAGUUCAUGACAGCAGAAAGUUGGACCUUAAUAAAACUUUCAGAACUUCAAGAACUUCAUCUCAUUUGAAGGAAAAGAGACAAAAACUGGAAAUUAAGAUCAUUAUUUUAUGUUGAAGUGAUUUAUUUUCUGUCUUGUAUAUAAAUUUUAAUAACAAAGUAUUAAACUGCUUUAUUGACGCAGAGAAGUUUUUUACUUGCACAGUUUAGGAACCAUUUUCAUAAUUGAUCCCUGCAGAAAAUCAGCUAUAAAUCUGAUCACAUAUUGAUAUUUAUCAAUCAGUAAGAUUUUAUUAUGUUUAGGAGAAAAAGUGAAACAUUCAUCUCAGAUUUGUCCCAGACAGGCAAUAGGUCAUUAAUGAUGUUUAUGAACCAAAUAUUUUUAUUGUUUAAUGUUCCUAAUUAUUCAAAGAAGUUU